UUUAUGAACUUUUAUUGUCGUAUUCGUCCGGCAGGUGGCGGGAGCGUGUCGAAAAGCCGGGCCACGUGACCGGCGGGGAGGUAGACGAGCACCACGGACGACGCGAGUAACAAGGCGAACAUGUCAGCCGACAAUGUCGACAGACGUAACCCGGCCGUUCGGCCCUGAAAUCGUCAUCCCGUAGCAUAAAGGAUUCCCAAAGAUGAAGUUUUCCGGUUAUUGGCCAGUGUUAUUGAUUGUUAGUCUAUUUUAUAUAAAAUGCAUCCAAACAACCGAUGAAUUCGAAACCGAAAGUAGCGAUUCCAAUUUUUUACUACCUCGUGCUAAAUUCCAAUAUAAAACUACUGCCGAACACUUGGAUCAAAAGUCUAUGGUCGGAUGGUAUAAAAUGGUGAAUGGUUUCAUUUCUGCUAUCCAUUCCAAGUCUGCCGAAACUGUUGAUUUAAUAAUGUCAUAUUAUCUUCGUCCGAAAACAUUAGUUGUUCCUCAAUCAAUAUAUGAGUUACUAAAACUUCACUAUGCACUUAUUGCUUGUGUUGUAAUUGGAUUAUUAUAUAUUGUUGUAAUGUGGAUAACUGGAUUGAUAGUUUUCUGCUGUCGUUGUUGUUGUAACAAUUGUGGUGGUAAAAGAGUUCAGGAUCAAACAAGAACAACGUCACUAUGGAGGAAGAUUUUAAUACUUUUCCUAUUAAUAUUAAUAGUUUUAUUAUUAAUUGCUGUUAUUUGUAUGUUUGUAACACACAAUUCUUUAAGUACAAACUAUUCCACUUCAGAAAAAAAAACUGAUAUUGUGUUUGAAGAUAUGCAAUCAAUGCUUUAUAAUACAAAAAUUGUAAGUAAAAUCAUUGUGUGUGUGUGUCAUGGAAUAAAUGGGUCAGACAAUUUUUGUCAAGAACAAUAUAAUGUCAUUUAAAUAAACUGAAUAAAAAUAUAUAUACAGGUUUUCCCACUUUAAUCAAUAUAUGAAAAUUUCUUAAAAAAUCUGCAUCCUAUGUUCAGAUAAAAUUUGUACUCUACCAAGGGGGCCACAAGCUGGCACUAUUCUCCAUACAUGGCACUGCUAUUGAUGAAACAGGAUCAACUUCAUUUUCUUAAAUGGGAACCUUCAUUUUUUAUUGCAUAUUAUGAUUCUGCAUCAAAAAUAAACAAAAUAAUAGCCAUAUUAUAGCCUGAUUUAAUCCAGCAGAUUAUUUUGCCUUAAACAAACUUUUUCUUUUUAUUUACCAGAUUGACUUACAGGAAGCCCCAAUUACAUGUCUGUUUAACAUACAAAGAAUAUGAAUAAUAAUACAUAAAAAUUGAAAUGAAACAAAACAUAACAAUUAAAUACUUACAUACAAAACAUUUGAAUUGAGUUUAAUACACAACAAAACAUAAGAAUUGAAAAAUUUAAAAUAUAUUGAAUAUAUAAGAACAAUUUCCACAUUAAUUAUAAUGUUCAAUAUCAAAUACCUUGACCAGUGACUAUCAAAACUGUUGCUUAGAACUAAACAAAUCUAGUUGCCAUCCAAAGUGAUUAUAAAGUGUUGCCAGUUUAUGAACUGAUAUAUUCUGAGCAAUAUUAGAUUUAUACAAAGGAAUUUUAAAUCUAGUAUAGUUCCUAGUAGAUACAGGUUCUUGCAAAUGUAAUUGUUAUAAUAAAGCAGGAGCUUCAAUUUCAGAUUGUAACAGAGACCUUAAAAACUGCAAAUUACCAAAAUUAUUAUCUAAAACAUUUUUUCAAAGAAUGCACUUAUCAGAAGUUAUAAACAUUGAAGUUUUAUGCAGUUAUGACCAUGCAUGUGUGAAUCUGGAUAUUUGUGAAGUCCAUUGAAUAAAGGAAAAAAUGCUUUAAAAAAUCAAGAAACUAUUAUUAUUUGGUGAAACCAGUGGCGUGCCACUUCCCUUGUGUGAUUAUUUUCAUAUUUUAACAUACUUUGAAUUACUUAAAAUUAAUAUUUUAUUAUAACCACAUUAUGUA